AUGGGUAUAAUUGCUUCAUACCAGUUUAUCAGUGUCCUGCUCUAUGCAAUGGAGAGAACAAAACAAGAGAACAAAAAUGGACCAUCAAAUGGAAAGAGGAAAAACUGGAAUCACCUCAGUAUAACCAAAAGAAAGGAAUCUACUACACAAGACAAUGAUGAAUUCAUGGUGUUGCUAUCCAAAGUUGAGAAAUCAUCAGACGAAUUCAUGGAAAUAAUGCAAACUUUAAGUAAUAUACAGGCUUUGGAGGACAGUAGAGAGCUUGAAAAUCUCAUUGGUAUCUCCCAUGCAUCAUGUGUCUUAAAAAGAGAAAUGCAGAAAACAAAAGACCUAAUGACAAAAGUAACAAAACAGAAACUAUUUGAAAAGAAGAAUUCAGGACUUCCCAACAAAGGCAUUUCGAAGAAAUGCACUCACUAUGAAAACGCCAACUUCUGUAUCUGCCUGAUCAUAUUUAAAGGAACAGAAGAAGUGUUUGUAAUUAAUCUGCCCAGUAUAUACCAGAUCAUAGCACAGGCAGGUGCAUGUCUAGAUAAAAUUUCUUGCAGCUAAUUUAAACUUUCUACACACACCAGUAGAUAAUCUCAACGUAAAUAAUACAUUUCUUCUUGACCCUUUAAAGUAAGCCAAUGUGUAGAAGAGGA